AUGUCAGAUGUCACAGAAGUAUAUCAGCUGAGGACUAUUCUGAGAAACAUCAGCUACCCUCUCAGCAUCAAUGAGCAAAUACAAAUCUCUGAUGUCAACAUUUCUACAGUUUGCUCUGCAAGCAGCUAUGGUAUUCAGUGCAGAUGUGAGGAUGGGCAUCGUUGGUCAUGUGACCAGUGUGUGCUGUAUGGAUCAUGUGACAACAUCACUGAUAACACAUGUGGAUGCAUCAAUGCCAUUCCCCCUGAUGGAAGAUAUUGCAAGUCUGUUGAUCUACACAGCUUCACAUGGUGUCCUAAUGCAACAUCCUCUCCAUCACCUACAAAUUCAACGCCGAGUGCUUCAACACAUCUGAACACAACAGUGCUGACCAUGUCGCCAACAAUUAAUGCUCUUCCUGUUGUGAAUGAAUACCUGAUUUCUGUUGAGUUGAACAUGUCAGAUGUCACAGAAGUAUAUCAGCUGAGGACUAUUCUGAGAAACAUCAGCUACCCUCUCAGCAUCAAUGAGCAAAUACAAAUCUCUGAUGUCAACAUUUCUACAGUUUGCUCUGCAAGCAGCUAUGGUAUUCAGUGCAGAUGUGAGGAUGGGCAUCGUUGGUCAUGUGACCAGUGUGUGCUGUAUGGAUCAUGUGACAACAUCACUGAUAACACAUGUGGAUGCAUCAAUGCCAUUCCCCCUGAUGGAAGAUAUUGCAAGUCUGUUGAUCUACACAGCUUCACAUGGUGUCCUAAUGCAACAUCCUCUCCAUCACCUACAAAUUCAACGCCGAGUGCUUCAACACAUCUGAACACAACAGUGCUGACCAUGUCGCCAACAAUUAAUGUUCCAGAUUCAACUACAGUUGUUACAACAGUUGUGCAGACGACUUCUACACCAAUGACUGAAACAGGUUCGUCACCUAUAGCCACAACACCUUUGACCACCACAACACCAACAGUGUCACCAACAACUAGUAAUGGAUUUGAUGUGGAAAUGUCAUUCGUAUUAAACAAGACAUUCACAGCAGAACUGAAUAAUGCAACAAGUUUUGCAUACAAGGAUCUUGAAUCAAGAAUUAAUUCAGUGUUACAAGAGCAGUAUAAAGGAAUCACAGGGUUUGUCAGUGUUUUUGUGAGGGCAUUCAGUAAAGGCAGCAUAAUCACCAGUUUUGUUGUGAAGACGACACAAGUUAUUCUGAAUGAAAUUGCUGAGGCAAAUGACAAACUCCCAGAAGCAAUGCAGAUUAUAGCCCCAACCAUUGGCCCAGUAGUUGCAUUUUACAACAGUCCAACUCCUAUUAGCCCUCCGGAACUCACUUAUACUGGAAACUCCAUGACACUUACUUGUGGCCCCCCUCCUACGAACAUAAAUGUUGGACACAUUUCUGUUGCCAACUGGAAAUUUAAUGGACGAGAAAUUAAAAACAGUGGAAGGAUUAAAAUAACUACUUUAAGCACAAUGUCUUUGCUUACAGUUAACAGUGUCAUCCUUCUUGAUAUUGGACUUUAUGAAUGUACUCUAAGAGGUGAAGAAGUGGAUUUCCAUCAAAAAGGACUUCUAACAGGAGAUGACAUCAAACCAGCUCCCGUUUUGAGACUACGGAGUAAAGUUAAUAUUAAAUGCAAGGAUGGACUAAUCCAAAGUCUUAGGUGUUGUGUGCAGUCCUCCUUUACAAUCAAGUGGUUUCAUGCCACAACAGUUUUAUCUUCAGAUAUGUACACAGAUUCCAAUGUCAACUGGGAGACUUACUGCAUUGUGCAUCAUUACAAGCUAGGACGCUGCAGUGAAACACAGCUAAAAGAAAUCCAAUUCAUGUGUAAGGUAGUUAAACCAGAGGGUUAUCAACUGACAACUACGAUGACAAUUUUCAGAGAAGAUGUCAAAUGUGACAAUGCUCAGUAUGGGACUGGCCGAGGCGGGGACAUAUCAACAAUAGAGUGUGGUCCGGGACAAGAGGGAAGAAAGUCUGCUGUCUGUCAAGAAACAGGAGAGUGGCAACUAAAUGAGGACUCUUGCAUAAUUCCACCCAUCAAGGAGUUGUUAAUUGUUUCACAGGAUUUGGGUCUGGAGGAAGUGCCACAAUUCCUGGCAAAUCUAAGUGAUGCCGUCCAGGGAGCCAAAACAGAAACUGCAAAUUCCUCCGCAACCAUAGCAGCUAUUAUUAAAAUCAUAAGCAUCAUUGCAAAUGUUAGCAUUGCUGUCAGUGAAUCUGGGAUGAAGAAAAUUCUCGAAACAGUUGAUGUCAUCAUCAGUGAUGAUUCAAGAGAAUCCUGGGCAUUUUUGAACGCAAAUCAAACUGGUAAUGCGAGCUCAGAGUUAUUGGGUUCUCUCGAGACUCUCUCAAAUGGAUUGGUAGGGGAGUUUGACAUUGUGACUGAACAGAUUCUACUCAACAGAACCACAUUUAACAACUCGUUCGGGGCAGAUCUUAAUUCAUGGAUUCUCUUAGAAAUUCCACACACCGGCAUUAGCAAUGUCUUAAUCACCACAAUCACCUUCCCCACCCUCAAUAAUGUUAUUCCAGCACGGAACUCCAGCUUUGAGGCCACCCGCUUCAAUGCCACCAACAAUGACUCUGUCGUUGCUCAUGCUAUCAAUGCUGCAGUAGUACUAGUUAAAAUAAAUGAAACCAUUCAGAAUUUCAGUCUGAGCUUUGACAAGCGGAACAAAUCCCUAUCUCUGAACCCACAGUGCGUCUUCUGGAACUUCACACUCUUUCACAAUUUCGGCGCUUGGGAUGAUGAUGGGUGCACAUUUGUUUCUGACAUAAACAACACGGUUACCUGCAGCUGCAACCAUCUCACUUCCUUCUCUAUUCUGAUGGCAACAGAUAUCCCUCCGGAACUUACAGAAGCUUUGGAUAUAAUCACUUACGUUGGAGUUGGGAUAUCUCUUGCAAGCUUGGGAAUAUGUCUCAUUAUUGAAGGAUACGUUUGGAAAGCCAUUACCAGAAAUAACACCUCUUUCAUGCGUCAUGUUUCCAUUAUUAAUACCGCCAUCUCUUUGAUGAUUGCUGACAUCUGUUUCCUUGUUGGUGCCUCUUUUGCUAACAGCACCCUGGAAAAUCCCGGGAAGGACUAUGAAGUUCCAUUUGGACCAUGCAGCACAGUAACAUUUUUUACACACUUUUUCUACCUGGCUUUGUUCUUUUGGAUGCUUGUGUCAGGCCUUCUGCUCUUUUACCGAACAGUCAUGGUCUUCUCCCACAUGUCCAAGUCAACCAUGUUGGCCAUAAGCUUCAGUUUAGGCUACGGAUGCCCUCUAAUUAUUGCUGUUACUACAGUUGCUGUCACAGGACCAGGACAUGGAUACAUCAGAAGAUACAACGCUUGUUGGCUCAACUGGAUGGAGACAAAGGCCAUCCUGGCUUUAGUGGUACCUGCCUUGACAAUAGUUUUCAUCAACAUUUUAGUUGUUAUUGUGGUAUUGUUCAAAAUGCUGAGAAGAGGCGUGGGAGACACAGCACAAACAGAAGAAAAGCAUACACUGAUGAUCAUUGCAAGGUGCAUAGUCAUUUUGACUCCAUUGUUUGGUCUCACAUGGUCUUUGGGAGUUGGAACAGUGGUAUUCUCAACAAAUAAAGGAAUCCAAAUUGCCUUUGCAUUCUUCAAUUCACUACAGGGUUUCUUCAUUUUGGUGUUUGGGACACUCUUUGAUUCAAAGAUCCGUUCUAUCCUCCUAAAAUUAUGGACAUCACCCACAGGAUCUGAUCAGACAAGAAGCACAGGCAUUUUUUAUCUGAGUGGACUAAACUGGAUAAAUCAAUUACAUGGAAGAAGAAGAAAUAUUUACAGGGUAUCAGAAGCAAUAAACUCAAGCAGCGGUGGUUCAACAGAGAGAUUCAUCAAAUUUUGACAACAAAAACACAGGAUCAGAGUGGAUUUUUAAUAAGAAACUUCACAGACAUGUUUUUAAGGAGACUUAUUUAUACUUGUUGAAAAAGAGUAUUAUAUGUGACCUUUAAGUUUCUGU